AUGCUCCUCCACUGGUGCACCCUUGAGCCUUCUGGCGACGGCAGCCUCGCCGCCAUCCGCUUCUCCUCGCCCGUACGCGUUCAGUCCAUUCGCAUUUUCCCAAAGGACGCGCGUCCAUUCGCGCAGCACCAUGCCACAGUCAGUGAAACAGAGCCGCAGGCUUUUCUUCUUCACCUAUACUUCAGUGCAUAUCGUGUUGCCAGGCCAGAUAGCAAGGAGAAGCCAAAGCCGACCAAUGCACUGGUCCCGACAACGCUCGCCUAUGCAGGUGGGGAGAUGGACUUUGCCGUCCCCAUGGGCAAUGAGUAUGCCACGCGCUUGAUCAUAGUGAGGGGAAACUUCGAACGCGUCUCCAUGGCUAUUUAUGGCGACGUUAUGUCAGAGCUUCCGCCCCCACCCACAACAUACGAACCGAAGCCUUUGCCAACCUUCGAGCCCGUUCAGAUCUCACGAGCGCUAGACCCGUCUAACUCGCUAGAUCCAUCUGCACUCGCGCGGGAGCUGCUGAAUCUCAUUCCGGACGCUCCGCCCCUUCCACUCGCCAUUCGGCUAGUCUUCUGCCUCAAGCCUCCAAGUGACGACUGGGAUCUGCCCGAGUUUCCGUACAUCUUCGCCGAACUUGACGCCGAUGCGGGAGAAAUUGACUUCGAGAAAGCCUCCGUUCUGACCACACGACCUGUCUCCGACGAUGUCGAGGAUGAGGUUCUCCUUCGGUUUGCAGAGAACAUGGCGCAAUCAGUGGGUGAGAAGGUAGAUGUCGAUUGUCCUUUCAUGCUGUAUGCAUACUUAGUAACUUACCCUCGUCCAGACUACUAUUUGAGCAAUGCCGCAUCACAACAUCCAAACAUGGCCAAGUUUCUUGUGGACAAGCUGGAUGUCUCUGCCGUCUUCGACUCGGCUAACAUGGAUGAAGGCACACUGAUUCGGUUGCGCGACGCCGCAACUAACUCCGACAUUGCUCGACACCUCAAUAAUGACUACUUCUUACAAACAUUGUUGACAAUCAGUAAAGACCCAAGUGCCGACGCCGAGACCAGGUCUGCAGCCACCAAGCUGAUGGCGCGCGUACAAGGCUGGGUUAUUCUAGAGGACACACUUUCCAACACCCAGGGUGACUUCGUCACCGCGGCCACGCUGCUCAAAGAGAUAGGCACGGAGGAAGCAGCACUUGGCGUCUGGCUUGAGUCUAUGGUCACGCAUGAAGACGUUGCCGCGACACUGCGCGAGAACCCACCUAUGCCUAUCCCACUACCGCACCCGCCAUAUCUGUUCGGCAGCUUGAAGUCAUCAAUAUCGCAUGAUGAGUUUGUGGCUUUUCUGAGGGCCGUUAUUGGUGUUGCCGCAGUGCUGGCGGUGUAUGCAUUUGCGGAUGCAUGGCCACAUACGCUUUGUCGGGAGCGUGCCCUUGCGAUCAUCCGAUUGUGGCAGGGGGUAGAUGGCUAUCGGGAGAUCGUAAACCAUCUAUUACUCUUGAAGCAGAUGGUUUUCCGUCUCGACUGCAUGAUGGACAAUGAUCCUCCAAGACGAGCGGGUGUCGACGCCGAGCAUAUUCUGGUCAACCUCGCCAAGGACCCGCAGGCUAUUCUGCAGCCUGACUUCAUUGACUGUAUCCUAGGCCUCAAACCUCCUCUCGCGUUCAUCACAGAAGAAGAGCGGAUGUCGAUGAGACGAGCUGCCAUCGUCGCCGACGAUGGCCUGCCUGGCGCUGUCGAUGAGCUCCUCCGCCCCAUAGACCGCCCGCCCACGCUGAAGCAUCUUCGUGCUAUGCGGGUAGCGUUCGCUGUAAUCGACGAGGAGUUGCGCAAGGACCGCGAGUACGACGUCCUCCAAGACUUCUGGCACGAAGGCUCCCGUGGGCUCGUCGGCCACCUCGUGGACAUCUUUGGGCCCCUCGUGAACGAGAUCAAAAGCCAUUUCACCCUGAGUCCCCCAGCGCGGAAGUCGCAGGAGCUCAUGAGCGGCCUGUUCCGCGUGGCAGACGAGUUGCUCAAGCUAUUGUUGCGGCUCUUCCCGGCCUAUCCCCUGCCCAGCCGCGUCGUGCGCGUCCUUACCGCAAGCGUAGCCGAUCUCUUCGUCUGCACCGACGCAGCGGACAUGCUCUAUUCCCAGUCGAGCCCCACUUGCGUCGCCGCCGAGGAGGCGCGCCAGUCGUCCAUUGACGUCGUGCGCAUGCUCUCUGCUACCUCCUCACAGGAAGGCGUCAAGGUUGGCGCGGAAGUCGUCCUGAAGACCCUCCUCCGGCAUGGCUUACACGUCGACAACCGGGACCCAGUCCAUCAUCUCCUCCAGGUCCUGUGCCUCAUCGACUACCUCCUGCCGAUGUCCGACGUCGGCGAUGAGAAUGAGGCGGGGUGGACGCAGCGCGUUGUACCGCUUAUGAUGCCGGACCUCUGGCGGUUCUGCAGGGUGCUCGACACGGAGAACAAGCUGGAUCGUGGUACCGUGGGCGUCGCGGAGUGGUUGAUCAACGAGGAGCUGAAGAACCCUACCGUGCAGCUGCAUGAACGCGUGGUGCGGCAAUACCAAAUCACGAUGGCGCUGAGAUUCCUGCUUGACCUCGCACAACCCUCUUCGACCUCGACCAGAAUUUUGGUCGACUGCCUUGCUACGGGCCAAGAUGCGAGUUCGAUCUUGACGACCUGCCUACUGUCACUCCUUGACCAACGAUUAUCUAUACCUGUUCUUACUGAACUAUGGUCAAGGUUGGACACAGAUCUUCGUGCAGCCCUCGCUAUUGCAUUGUUGCGUUUCGUAGGACCCGAUGACGAACUGGAUAAAGACUCCCUUGACGACGCCGUUGCCAUCCUAACAUCCACGACAAUACCCGACAAAUUCUUGGACAUGCUUCACCAAGAACUCGAUGCUGUUCUCGAUCGCUAUGGGAAGAACACGACCGGCUGGGACACAACAUCAUGUCAGUCCAGAUGCCUCCCAUUGCUAGAUUGGCGCAUCAAUACAUCGAAAUCCGCUUCUGGGGUGACGACGUUGAGCAUCACACCCGACCGCGUCCGCGAGGUCAUCUCACAUGAGCAGAGCGAACGUUGGGAUUCUUUGAAAGAGAAAGUACACGUACAAGACAUAAUCCUCCCUAAUCCACCGAUACCUCUGCCGGAGUCCAUCGAACUUCCCCUCCAAGAUGUCGAAGACCUCCUGCAACCCAAUAUACCCGUACCGUCUACCCCGCCACGUAGGGCACUCAACCAGGAUGUACUAGGGCUCGUGACGAUCUCACCACCCGCCCUGAUACGCUCGCCCGCGUCAACAGGGCUGACAAAAACAUACAGUAACAACGAUUUCAGGCAGCUACGGCAGACGCCCUCGGCGAGGCAGAACACAAGCCGGUUGCCGAGUAUGCACGUAGACGUAGGUGUAGCGAUGGUCGUUUGA